AUGAAUGACUACUUUGACAUGGUGCAUUAUAGCCAUUGCAAUGUCUUUCGCAAAAGCGUGCCCUUGGUGACCAGUUUCAAUGUUGGGGUUUUCUCUGAGAAAUCGUCCAUGUUAGAAUCCGAGCUUCACGAUUUAUCAGACGACGCCGAUUACGCCGCGUCGCAGCAACAAGGAUCUGCUAGCGUGAUGCUGCGGAGUGACAGUACCAAACAGAGCUCCCCUCGGGACGGUGCUGAAGUUGUAUUUACGAAGGACAAUGUCACGAUUCAUCCGACUCAGUUUGCGUCUGAAAGAAUCAGUGGAAGACUGAAAUUGAUUAAGCAAAGCUCGUCUUUGUUUAUGACUUGGAUACCUUACAAAGGGCAUAGCUCAGAGGCCAGGCUAUCUGAUAAUGACAGAAACCUUUAUACCAUACGGGCGGUGCCCUUCACUGAAAUCAGGUCCAUCCGGAGGCAUACUCCUGCUCUUGGGUGGCAAUAUAUCAUUGUUGUUCUAUCAUCAGGACUUGCUUAUCCUCCACUUUAUUUUUAUAGUGGAGGAGUCAAAGAAUUCCUUGCUACAAUUAAGCAAAAUGUUCUUCUUGUGAGAUCUGAAGAAGAUGCCAAUGUAUUCCUUGUGAAUGAUUUUCAGAAUACGCUGCAGAGGACUUUGUCUUCCUUGGAGCUGCCCAGGGCUGUUCCCCUUGCAUGUGGACCUUCAAAUAUGUCAGUUGAUGAAUCCAUUUUGAAUGAGAACCAAGAAAGGGCUGAUAAUGAUGUCAAUAAUGUUAGUCAGUUCCUUGGGAGACCUAGACACAAAGUAGAUCCUGCUCGAGACCUCUCUAUUCAAGUUUUAGAGAAGUUUUCACUUGUCACAAGAUUUGCCCGCGAAACAACUUCACAACUCUUUAGAGAAAACCAGAGUAAUGGAUUCACUGAGAGGAGGACCCAUGUCCAAACUAACCUUGAUCAUCCUAGGAAGUCUUCUCAUGUUGAGGAGAAGACUUCUGAUGAAAGUGGUCUUGCCUUGGAUUCUAAGGAGUUUGAUAAUUUGUCACUAGUAUGGGGAAAACCACGGCAACCACCUCUAGGUUCUGAAGAGUGGAUUAUCUUCCUGGAUUCUGAAGGUCGAGUCACAGAUUCAGAAGCUUUGCGAAAGAGAGUAUUUUAUGGUGGACUUGACCACGAAUUACGGAAUGAGGUUUGGGGUUUGCUUUUGGGAUAUUAUCCAUAUGAAUCAACAUAUGCUGAGAGAGAGUUCCUGAAGUCAGUUAAAAAGUCAGAAUAUGAGAACAUAAAGAACCAGUGGCAGAGUAUAUCCUCAGCACAGGCUAAAAGAUUCACAAAAUUCAGGGAAAGGAAAGGGCUUAUUGAGAAAGAUGUGGUGAGAACUGAUAGAUCGCUCGCAUUUUAUGAAGGGGAUGAUAAUCCAAAUGUAAAUAUUCUGCGAGAUAUCCUGUUGACUUAUUCAUUCUACAACUUUGAUCUUGGUUAUUGCCAGGGAAUGAGUGAUCUUCUAUCUCCGAUAUUGUUUGUGAUGGAUGAUGAAUCAGAAGCAUUUUGGUGUUUUGUUGCUCUAAUGGAACGUCUUGGACCCAAUUUUAAUCGGGAUCAAAACGGCAUGCACUCUCAACUUUUUGCAUUAUCUAAGUUGGUGGAGCUGCUGGAUAGUCCAUUGCAUAACUAUUUUAAGCAGCGUGACUGCUUAAAUUAUUUCUUUUGCUUCCGCUGGGUUUUGAUUCAAUUUAAAAGGGAGUUUGAGUACGAGAAAACAAUGCGCUUGUGGGAAGUUUUAUGGACACGUUAUCCGUCUGAGCAUCUGCACCUAUAUGUUUGUGUGGCAAUAUUGAAACGAUAUCGUGGUAAAAUAAUGGGAGAGGAAAUGGACUUUGACACCCUGUUGAAAUUUAUUAAUGAGCUAAGUGGUCACAUCGACCUUGAUGCAACCCUCAGAGAUGCUGAGGCUCUAUGUAUAUGUGCUGGUGAGAAUGGUGCUGCUCGCAUACCCCCUGGAACCCCUCCAUCGCUGCCUGUUGAUGAUGGUUCUUUUUACGCCCAACAAGAUGAAAUAUUGUAA